GAUCAACGACCAGGGUCCCGUACACGUAGAGGAAUGACGAAUCGCCACGUCAGCUCCGACCUCGGGCGUGAAGCCUUUAUUAAGGAGAGGAGAAGGCGAGCGACCUCCUCACAGCCUCGUUCUCCGUCGGUCACGCCCUUCGCCUUCCUCUUCUUCUUCCCUUCUAUUAGAAAAAGAUAUAUAUUAUUCGAUCCGAUGAAGAUAAAUUAGCGGGGAUACAAAUAAAAGACCUGUAUUAAUAUUCGAGAUUUUGAUCAUUAUAAUGGGAAACGAGGCAUGGCGGCUCCGUCACGGGCACCGCUCCUUCUCGUCGUCCCUCCUCGACGCCAUCGAGCGCUCCAUGGACGACCCCAUCGCCCCCAAGAACGAGGAAAUGGCGAAUCGCCUCGCUCACGGAGCAUCCGACUUCCUGGUUCCCCUCGCCUCCAUGGAGCGGAGGCCCACGGCGACCGUGACCCGACCCCGGCGUCCAGACUUCCCCCCGUUCUCCACUUCCAGCUCCUCCUGCAACUCCACUUCGAGCGGCUUCUUCUCCUCCUCCUCCGAGCGCGAGUCCCCCGCCGCCCUCCCGCUCAGACUCCGACCGAGCAGGUCGCCGCCACCCGACCAGCACCGCCAGCAGGACAAGGAGAGAUCGGGCUCGACUCGGACAAAGCUACGAGGUCUGAAGAAAUAUAAGGCGCCAGGGUCGCCGGGGGCCCUCCUUGCGGGGUUCCUCAACUCGCUCUGCACCGCGGCGGCGGGGGACCGGGCGAAACCGAAGCCAUCACCCUCCGACGCGGACUCCGCCUGCUCGGCCGUCUCGUCGCGGGCGCGACCUUGCCUUAGCAAGGCUCCAUCGACGAGGGAUCCAGCGGAGGGCGGGAACAGGUCAGUGAGGUUCCGCGCCGAUGGGGAGGGUCCGCGGCGAUGCGGGCAGAGGAAGAAAAACGCGUGCGGCGGGGAUCACGCGGUGGUGGAGGCGAGAGGGGUGAAGAUGAGGGUGGAAGAGCUCUUGCGAACGUUGGCGGAGGAGGGAGAAGAGGAACAGGACGAUCUGUUUGAGUUGGAAAACUUGAUGGUGAUGGAAGGGGGUAGUUACAGGGACGAGCUUCCGGUGUACGGCACGACCCGUCCCGAGAAGAAUCGCUCGAGGUCUAACUGACGCUAUAAUUAUAGAGGAAGAAAAAUAGGAAGUAUAUUGCGCUAAUGUUGGAAAAUAUGGGCGGGAAGUAAAAUAAAUAAAUAAAUAAAUAAUGGAGGCUAACCGUCUGGGUCUCAACGGCGCAAGUCGAAUCUCCGCGCGAAUCUUAAAGCUACGGAUGCUCUUCUUCCUUGAUCUACCUUUCUGUCUUAGAUGUAUAUUUGGUCAGGCGUGUUUCCAAGGUUUAAUCUUCUAUCAGAAGUAUGUGUGAGUUGGCACC